GUUAAGCUCCAGUCUAAUCAAAAUCAGAAAUACAACAAUUCCCCUAAAAAUGCUCCGACUUCAGUAAUCAAAAUCAAUGGCGCUCUCGAAGCUUAACCACCGAUGCUUCUUCCCUUCCCAAACCUCAGUCCCCAUCCUCAAAUCCCAAACACCACAAUUCCCUCGUAUUCCCUUCAAAAACCCUUUAACUCUCCGUAGCAAAAUCCAACUGACGAUCCCAGUUUCACUGCAAAACCUUCCACCCAGAACCAGCGUUAUAGAAGAACAAGAAGAAGAAGCAGUUCCAGAUCACAAAGAACGCAUGGAUUCUGAUUUUUUAUCCGUGGCUUUCCCUUCACUUGCGUUUUCAAAUACCCUCUUCUUCAGUUCGGCCUACAAUGUUCAGUUGAUAGCGGGUGAUAACGAGCCUGAAGAGCAACUGAUUCGAAGGUUCCGUCGGGAGGUUUGGAAGGCGGGUGUUAUUCAAGAGUGCAAGCGGAGGAGGUUCUUUGAGUCCACGCAGGAGAAGAGGAAGAGGAAGGCCCGAGAUGCGGCGAGGAGAAACCGGAGAAGGCACCCACGACCUAAAGUUUCAAAUGAGGCUAAAGCAGAGACUUCAGAGAAGAAGAAGAAUACGGAAGAUUCUGAUGAUGAUAACUGGGAGUUCCUUGAUGUAGAUUUACCCUAUUGUUGACUGCUACUAGGUAAUUCCUAGUGAAACUGAUUGAAAGGGGCGUUCAUUUUAGGACUAUUCUCAAUACAAUAGCUUUUUUGCAUUUUUUAUUUGAACUUGACAAAGCAAAUGAAUCUACUUUCCAUUACUUAUUGACGAGAUUGAGCAACUAAUGUUGAACUUACUGUCCUCUCCCAGUUUAUUCUCCUGCAUCUGUUAU